ACUUAACCCAUUUUCGGGCCAGCUGCUAAUCAGAGACUCGUCUGCAGUCUUCUUGUCCCUGGAACAACACGCAGUGAUCGAGUGCGAGUGGUGCACCUGGCUUCCUACAUCAUCUUGCACGAUGGCUGCCCUUGGUGACGACCUCCUCGUCACCGUGAACAAGCUUCAGGACUUGGUUUUCAACACCAUCGGAAACGAUUCCCUUGAUUUGCCGCAAAUCGUCGUCGUUGGUUCGCAGUCAUCUGGAAAAUCCUCAGUUCUUGAAAAUAUCGUUGGUCGUGACUUUUUACCCCGAGGCAGCGGCAUUGUAACAAGGCGUCCUCUAAUCUUGCAACUAAUCAAUGUCGCCGCCGAAAAUUACGAGCAAUCUGACGGCAACCCUGCAGUCAUCCCGCAUACUGCAAGCAGUGUCGCGAAAUUUGGAGAAUGGGCUGAGUUCCAUCAUUUGCCAGGAAGAAAAUUCGAGGACUUUGCUCAGGUGAAACAGGAGAUUGAGAAUGAAACUGCGCGAAUUGCUGGAAGCAACAAAGGAAUCAACCGCCAACCCAUCAACUUGAAAGUGUUUUCGCCUCAUGUUCUAAAUUUGACACUGGUGGACUUGCCUGGCUUAACAAAAGUACCCAUUGGUGAUCAACCAUCCGAUAUCGAGAAGCAGACCCGUACCCUUAUUUCCGAGUAUAUUGCAAAACCGAACAGUAUUAUCCUCGCCGUGUCUCCUGCUAACGUUGAUCUGGUCAACUCGGAAGCUUUGAAACUGGCCCGCCAUGUGGACCCUAUGGGCCGAAGAACAAUCGGCGUUCUCACAAAGCUGGAUCUCAUGGAUCAUGGAACUAAUGCUCUAGAUAUUCUUUCCGGUCGCGUAUACCCUUUGAAGCUGGGUUUCAUUGGUGUCGUCAACCGAUCUCAGCAAGAUAUUCAAAGUGGCAAGCCGUUAGACGAAGCUUUGAAGUCGGAGGCAGACUUUUUCAGGCAUCACCCUGCGUAUCGAAAUAUGGCAAUUCGCUGCGGAACACAGUUCCUCGCGAAAACACUAAACUCGACCUUGAUGUCUCAUAUUCGAGAUCGGUUACCCGAUAUCAAAGCUCGGCUCAACACAUUGAUGGGCCAGACUCAACAGGAGCUGGCUAGUUAUGGGAACAAGCAAUUUAGCGGCAAAGAGCACAGGGGUUCUUUGAUAUUACAGUUGAUGACUCGAUUUGCGUCUUCGUUUAUUUCGUCCAUCGAUGGUACAUCUUCGGAAAUAUCGACAAAGGAGCUCUGUGGCGGAGCACGCAUUUACUAUAUUUUCAACUCGGUUUUUGGCCACUCCUUGGAUACUGUCGAUCCAACACACAACCUCACUACGUACGAUAUUAGAACCGCCAUACGGAACUCCACUGGGCCUCGCCCCAGCUUAUUUGUUCCAGAACUGGCCUUUGACCUGCUAGUUAAACCGCAAAUAAAACUCCUUGAAAUACCCAGCCAGAGAUGUGUAGAGCUGGUAUAUGAGGAACUGAUCAAGAUCUGCCAUACAUGCGGGUCCCAAGAGUUGUCUCGUUUCCCUCGCCUACAAGGAAAGCUCAUCGAAGUGGUGUCGGAUCUUCUUCGCGAGCGCCUCGGCCCAUGCUCUACCUAUGUCGAGUCACUCAUUGCCAUUCAGAGGGCUUACAUCAAUACGAAUCACCCCAACUUCCUCGGUGCUGCGGCGGCCAUGUCUUCAGUUAUACAAACCAGGCAAGAGCAGGAAAAGAAAGCUGUAUUAGCAGAAGAGCGUAAGAAGCGUGAGAAACGGAGACUUAGGGAGUUGGGCGAAGUCAACGGAACAGCCGAAGAAGAAGAGGAUCAGACCCCUGAUCAAAAGCUCAAGAACCUUUCCGUUCGUGGAAAUGCUGCAGCGAGGAGCAUGUCCCCCCAUGUUUCGAGAGGGGCGGACGGUUUCGCGGCAGGUCUCAACGGAACACAGCAAUCAGGUUCUCCUCCAGUAUUCGGAGCUGCGAAUUCAGCUCGUGAUUCAUUUUUGAAUUAUUUUUUUGGAAAGGAAGGCAUGCCAUCAGCAGGACCCCUUCCCCAGCCGACCGCAGCGCAGAAUCGACGAGGUCAUUCUACCGAACCCAGCAUCAGUCAAAGCAUACGCCGUGGGGAGCCUCGCUCACCAGCGAUAGUACAAGAAGAAUACGGCAUUACACCUUCUGAAUAUGGAAACGAGGUUUCUCAAUUUCCCACCGACAAUCUUGAACCCAAUCUCACUGAACGGGAGGUCAUGGAGACUGAGCUGAUCCGACGAUUGAUCUCGUCGUAUUUCAACAUCGUAAGGGAAACCAUUGCAGACCAGGUGCCGAAAGCCGUCAUGCAUCUCCUCGUCAACCACAGCAAAGAUGUCGUCCAAAACCGACUUGUCAGCGAACUCUACAAAGAAGAACUUUUUAGCGAUCUUCUCUACGAGGACGACGGAAUCAAGGCAGAACGCGAGAAAUGCGAGAAAUUGCUCGAAACAUAUAAGGAGGCGGCAAAGAUUGUUGGUGAAGUACUAUAGACUUCUAAUCACUUUCUUCUGUCAAUUUUCUUUCUUUUCUUUUUUUGUUUUGACAGGGUUUCGCCGUUUGUAUCAAUAUAGCAAGGAAUUCGUGUGGAGUUGAGCGCACGAGGUAUGUAUGUAUAUGCAUAUAGUCUCUUCUUUCCACUUUCUCGGGGUGUUGCGAGGUCACUUGGAAUUUAUAUUAUAUUGUAUCCAAUAGAUCGCGUUAUUCUAGCUCGUUAUGUUGAAAUAUAUCAUGACAACGGAAUAACCAAACCUGCCCGUUGAUAUCAAUUGACAUGUAGGCUAAAUACGCAAUCUA